CAGGUGGCGCAAAAUCGCCCCCACUUUUACAAGAACGAGACACACACACACACACACUGUUGCACACUUGUUCGCUGUUCGUCACGCACAAUCACGCACUAUUUUGAUCAGUCGAGAGAGACCAUCGAAGAUUUUUGUACACACUGCUGCGCUGCGCUCUUUGCCUCUUUUCCUUCUCUCUCGUCACUGUGCUGUCUUACUUGCUCAUGCGUCGUUACGUCCACGGUUUAACGUAUGUAUCGUGCGAGGACACGUGCAAAUAAUAAUAUUUCAUGUGUACAUACACGCUAGUCGCUGCGCCUCACUUUUAACGUAAACAUCGAGUGAAAACCGUCGUAGUGAGCGACCGAGCACGCGUUGUUGUUUUGCGAACGGCAAAGAGAAAAGAAAGAGAGGGAAGGACGUGAGAGAAAGAAAGACCGACGUAUCUCCGUUGUUUUCGUUCUCGCGAUCCGCAAUUCCGCAUAUUCUAGUACUCUCUCGCUCUCUCUCUCCCUCCCCGUGCACCACCACGUCAUCGUUGUAACCGUGAACAAUAAACAGAAGCGGCUAAGCUUGUAUGUUUUGUCCCGUUGAUGAUCCGGGCUGAUACGGUUCUCGUUGAUUAGAUCGAGCACUGUCGCCGACCGGAGAGACUCGGAUUCCGAGAUUUCGUUCCGUUUUCUUGCGACAUCGAUCGUCCGCGAAACACUUGGCCGUAGCCGCUAACGAAACAAUCGGCGACAACGUUGUUUUUCUUAUUUUUUGGUCACGUGUGUAAAAGAAAGGGAGAAGAAAAUACAGAAGUAAGGAGUGAGAAGAUUCUUUUUUUUUGUACGCGAUUCGCUGAUAUUGCCGGAAGGAUGCACGUCGCUUGCAAGUGUCUAAACAUUUCCAUCAGGUCCAGGGGCGCCGAGCUACAAGGAGUCAAUGUUGAACUAACUGACCUAGAGCGCGCCGAUGCUUUCUUUCACGAGGAUCUGGCAAGCAUACCAGAAUUGGAAACUAUUACUAAAGAACAACCAGGGUUAGUGGAGAUAAGAAAUGUCGGAUCUUGGAUCGUACAUCGUUGUUACAAUUGCUCAAUGUAUACUCAUGCAGUCCACAGGGAAUAUGGUGCCGCUUUAGUUCUCAUUAAUAGCAAUAUUGCCCUAUGUUCGGAGGAGAUAAAUAGAUUAAAAUCUAAUCCAGAUUACAGUCCAGUAUUUAGAAUAAUAAUUAAUCACAAUUUGGAAGAUCUGGACGACUAUCUACAGCAAUCUAAUAAAUUUUCCGUUUCGCAAUUACCUAACACAGUUCAGGUGACCCUAAGUGAAUUGCAACGGCAGCUGGAAGAAGCCGUGCAACGUCAGACAUCGGUGAUAGAGGAUAAAAUACGUGCAUUUACCACGGAGCAGUAUCAGCUGCUGGAGAAGUUUCGCGAAAGAACGCAUAACGAGCAUAGACUGUUGUCAAAAUUAGUGUAUAGAGGAGAGGAGACGAAUAGAGUAACCAAUAACAUAGAAACCCCACCGACAACUCCCGACAACUAUCAAAAUGCCUUGACUACCUCCGUAGCUAAUACGACGAAUCUGAGGUCCAAUGUAACGUCUAGCGAUACGAAAACUUCUAUUGGCUCAUGCUCCAAACAUGAGACAACAGUUAGACAUUCAUCCAAAGAUUCUAUUAACAGAGAAAAUAGUACGAGGAAGAAGAAUCCAUCUGCUUGCAUUAAGGAAUCGAUUAGUCUCGAUGCAGAAACGUUGUUUCCUUUCGAAGGAAUAGAGGAUGUAGAUGCAGGCAGCCAAUCGUUUCUCUGGUCUUCGGAGGAGGGAUCCGAUACCGAUGAUGCCGAUCAGAAUGAAGAGAUCCGCAUGCCCAAAGGUCAACGGGACAGUCAUACUACGCUAGCUAAAUCGCUUCCAGUUACCGUACCUGCUUUCACUUCGAUUAUUCGUCGUACAAUGCAGGACCAAGACGACGAUCAGUUGCCAAAUGACCCGCUAGAUCCGCACAAUAUUCGAGCUUCGAUUAAAGCUUUAGCCAAGAGCGUCCAUGGUGAUACGGUAUUCGGAGAUUUACCACGACCCCGAUUUUCUACUCAGAUCUGAUCCAUCGAGAUUUGUAACGAGGAACGUCCUACGCUCAGUACCUCCCAGUGCUUUUGAUACAAUAUAUCAUAACUCUUUUCAUUAAUCAUCAUUUGUCUUUCAUACAAAAGACUACAAAAGAUUUCUGUAUACAAACGUACGUAGAAUAAAUACGGUCGGUUCUGUAAUACGGAACACCCUGUACGUAUUUUGUAGAAAUCCGGGAGGAUGCCUUAAUUUAGGAAUUUUAGCUAUUUAGACCAGUUAAGUGAUGCACACGUACAUUGCACGAGCAUCGCAAUGUAUUUACUGCAAGGAUUUUAUACGCUACCUAAAUCGGAGAUCACGCAACUGCAUAAAAAUCUUAACAAACGUGAAAGAACGUGCAUUUAAAAUAUCCGUGUGUGAUUGCCUAACUAUUUAAAAAAUGCUGUAACUCUCAUUUUGAUAUGAAGCCACUCAACGAUGUAUAUGCUGUAAAAAAACAACACAUUUCUAUGUUAUUAUUAUCCCUUCUCCUACAAACUAUAUCAUGGAACAAUAUAAUAAUUACUUAACUAUUACAUACACAUAAUGCAGCAAUUUGUAGUGAAGAUUAUGUUGUGUUACUUCGCAUUGUUAAUAUUUGAAAAUUGUUACGAAUAUUUGUAUUAUAAUUCUUUUUUCCUCUUGUAUUGAAAAGCACCAUUGAUGAAUGGAAAAGUGAUGUCAAUUAUUGAUAUAGAUACCUUUUUCGGGAAAGGAGGGGUAAACAAAUUUAUAUAAUUAACAUCAUGGAAAAACUUAGCACAUAAGUGUUACAAUUACAAUUAUCGUAAGAGAGAGAAGAUUUAUAAAUUAUAAUUUCUUAUGUAGAAGUUAUACACAAUUAUAUAUAUUAUAAAGGGUCUAAUGCAGAUAUUAGAAAUGCUAUGUGUUAAAUGACACUAUAAAUGCUUCUGACAUUAUAUAUUUUAUUAUUAUAGCUAACUUCGAAAAUAUUUCUUCCUUUACAUUUUGAUGUAUUGAUUCGAUAACCAAAUAUUUAGUUAAGCAGUGUGCAAGAACUAAAUAAAAUAUUUUUUUG